CGUUGCUUUGCGUAUUCAGCCUAUUAUCACUAUCCUAACUGAUUUUAGAAAUGGGGAGAGCACCCUGUUGUGAGAAGACUGGAUUGAAAAGAGGGCCAUGGACACAGGAAGAAGAUGAGCUUCUUGUUGAAUACAUCAAGAAGAAUGGCCAUGGCAGCUGGCGUUCGCUUCCUAAGCUUGCUGGUCUCCUCCGGUGUGGGAAGAGUUGCCGGCUCCGGUGGACAAAUUAUCUCCGGCCAGACAUCAAACGUGGCCCCUUCAGUCCUGAAGAAGAAAAGCUUGUCAUCCAGUUACAUGCAAUUCUUGGCAACAGAUGGGCUGCCAUUGCUGCCCAGAUGCCCGGAAGAACAGAUAACGAGAUCAAGAAUCUGUGGAACACACAUUUACGGAAACGUCUCUUAUCCAUAGGCAUCGACCCGCAAACCCACGAGCCGACCUCUGUAUCCUCGCCUUCAGUGGGCCCACUAAAACGACCCUCAGCCUCGCCUUCCACCCGCCACAUGGCGCAAUGGGAGAGCGCCAGGAUGGAAGCCGAGGCACGGCUCUCGAUGGAGUCUUCGGCUUCGGUGUCGGUUCUACUUUCGUCACCUAACAAGAGUACCACCAGCACCGACUAUUUCCUACGUAUUUGGCAUUCAGAAGUCGGUGAAUCUUUCCAAAACCUCAACAAGGGGAAGAUGGGUUGUUUCAGCCCAGCUUCCCAAACCUCCGAGUCUAACACAACCAUAGAGACAGAACCUAAACCGUACCGUGAACCAGAACCACGGCUAGAUGGUGUAACUUUCUGCCAGGGAUUUACGCGUGCGUCGAGCCCGUGUGAAAUGGAAGAUUCAUCUGAUACUUCACUACAAUUGUUCUUUGAUUUUGCCGGGCUUAAUGAUAUGAGCUUCUUAGAAUCUAAUAAUUGGUUUUCCUCUUCUUUUUUGAGGUUGUGGGUGAACAAACCAUAACUUAGUCAGGCAAACCACAAGGUAGGACAAUUUAUCACCUGCUUUCUCUCUUCUUUUCUUUUAAUUUCCAAACUUUAACU